AUGUGUGGCAAGAAUCAGAAGGGUUCUUCAUUAUGGUCACGCAUAGCUCAAAUGUUUGAGCAAGCUCGAUUAGAAAAUCCAGAAGAAAUUGGUAAAAGAAACUUGGAUUCAAUGAAAGGGCGUUAUAAACGCCUUAAUGAAAAUAUAAACAAGUGGAGAGGAGCUUACAUGGAAGCAUACAGGAAUAAAAGGAGCGGAAUGAGCAUGAAAGAUGUUGAAAAAGAAGAUCAUAUAAUUUAUGAAGCUGGUGGUAGCAAGUUUACAGACUUGCAUGUUUUUGAAGAAGUCAUGCGAAAGCAUCCCAAAUGGGAAUUAAAAUUAGACCGUGAUUCAACUCGUUCUCGCCCUGAAGAUGAAGCGAGUAAUGAAGAAAGUCAUGGCAGUUCCAAAAGAUCAAGGACUACUGAAAAUGGAGAUUAUUCAAUUCCCUCAAAUCAAGAAACACCAGUUAGUGAUGGUUUUGUGAUUCCACGUCCCGAAGGUAGAGAUAAGGCGAAAAAGAAAGGAAAAAAGGUAGCAUCACAAUCUUCUUCCAUUCCUGAUGAGUUCACUGCAGAAAUUCGUGCAUUAAGACUUACAAGAAAGAACGAAUGUGAUUUAAUGACAAAAAUAUCGAACGAUAGGAUGGAGUUGGAACGCAAGAAAGAAGAAAGGAAGAUUAGGAAAAUGAAUAUAAUGGUGUUGAAUACGCUGUUGGCAAAAGACCACUUAUCGCCGGAAGAUGAAGAGAUGAAACGUCAUUUAACUUCAAUUUCAUUUGGAAAGUAG